AAACAAAGCCAACUUCACAGCAGAUUCACGUAUGGCAAACCGAGUGGAGACGCCAUAAAGAUUGUUGGCUGAAUUUCUGCAAUUUUACCCUGGAAAUUGUGCAAGAAAUGGCUCGUGUGUAACCGGAAGCGGUGGCGGAGACCCCAGUGAAGUGAUUCAGACGCUAAGUGCAAGCAAGUGCAGCGAGAGCGAGACAGAGCAUGAGCUUCAAUCCGAAGCCACUACAGGUGCCGGUGGACGGACAGCCGGCAAGGCAGAAUCCACCCGUUCAGCCGCCGCCUUCGCAGGCGCCCAAGGUGCCGCCCCAGGCGGCUCCCCAGAUUCAGGUGGCCAACAACUUCCACGCGCAGCUUCAUCUGCAGCAGCAGAUGUCAUCCUUUCAGCAGCCUCAGGCGCUCCUGUUCCCACAGCAGCCGGCGGCCAAUCCAACGUCGGAACCACUGGAGCUCACGCGUGUCGUGACAGAAGCGGCAGCCAAGCAGGCCAACGGAAACGUGUCGGUUACGCCCCAGGCGGCGUCUCACGGACCCACAGCGGCUCAUCAAAUCCACACGACUUCUCUCAAACUGACGUACAAACCGGCGACCACGAGUCAGCCGCCGGCGCACAUGUCAUCCCAGCCGACUAGCAUCCAGCAACAACACCACACGGCGUCCGUGGCCACGGCUUCGCAAGCCCAGGUGCAGCACACGCCGCAGCAGCAGCCGACAACGAGCCAGCAGAAGGUGCCAUCACCGCAAAAGGCUGCUCCGCCCCCGCUGACGCGCGCCCCGGUGGCUGUGGCCACCACUACGGCGGCUCAGAGUCAGUUGCAGGCCAACAACAACGUCCCGAAGGCUCCGUCGCCGACGACGCCGCAGAAGAGCACUCCGGCCGCGAGUCAGCCUCCAAAGUUGGCCACUGUCGUUACACCGUCGAAGACGACGAUGAAACUGGCCACAGUGACGACGCCGAGGAUCAAACAGACGGCCAGGAAGAAUCAGGCGGCUCUGUCAAGGCCGCAGAGUAACUUUGCCGCUGCUGCAGAAGCGGCUGCAGCGACAAAGCCGUCGACUUCAGCCCCAGUUGUGGCUGAGGUGGUGACGAAGACGGCAGUGGCCAAGACAGCGCCUCCACAAGUGGUGGAGAAGGAGAAGAAGGAGGAGAAGCCCAAGGCGGAAAGCGUGAAGGUGGCACAACAGCCGCUCAAGAAGGAGAAACCCACGCCGGCGGCGAAGACACCGAAGCACGACGUCACAGAUGGGGGCUCGUCGCGGGGCGUGAAGAGAAGCCGCACCCGCACCGUGCCGUAUCAGAGUCCGCUGCCUGAGUACGCGAUGCUGACGAAGUUGUCGUACGCCGAGAGCAGUUCCAGUGGCAGCAAGAGUGGCGAGGAUAAGCUGGUGUUGUUCUACAAGAGUGAAUUCAUGGCGGUGCGCAAUGCCGAGGGUGGAUUCUUUCUCUGUCAGGCGCAGCAUAAUGUGUACAAAUCAUCGCCGCGCAUUCGGAUUCAGUGGUUGUCGGAGGAGAAGAUCAACUCUCCCAUGUACAUUCCCGAUUUCUACGAUGUCACCGAUCUGGAGUGUGUGCUGACGAGUGUGGAGAUGGAGAAGAAGACGAAGAAGCUGUACAAGUUGCCAGAGGGCGAAUUGGAGAGGAUACAGAACAUCCUGAAGAAGGCGAUUGAUGUGGAGAAGGGCAUUCUGCCGCGACCGGAUGUCACUGAGGAGAAUCCCGAUGGAUUGGAUCUAUCACUGUACAAGGAUGAAUCCCAGCUGGACAGGUCGCCGAAGAAGCGUGCAUCGAGUGAUGCAGGUUCACCAAAACGCGUCAAGAGGACCAAAGCUGAUGCGACCCCAAAGAGGAAGUCAACACGCACCAAGUCGCCGCGGAAGAACUUUGCCGAGUCGGACUUUGAGACAUCAGACGAGGAGGAGCCGCCAAAGAUGGCCCAGAGAGUGGGCAGACCACUUAUUUCCAAGGCACCUCCCGUCACUGUGACUCCGGCAAAGGCGCCGGUAAAGAGCAAAGCGACGCCACAGAAGCAGCAAGUUGUCGUCACGGAAGUUGUGGUUGAGGCGCGCGGUCGGAAGAGAAAAGCAGAUAUUCAGGAUUCAUUGGCUGCGACACCGGCCAAGAAGACUUCCGUUCAGAUGCUUCCGGACACUCCGGCAGCGGCGGCGGGAGCGAAAGCGAGUCCAGUGAAGAAAUCUCCAGUUGCUCAGAGUACAAAGAAGCCUCCGGGAAAGGGAAAGAAGGCUGAACCAGUGCCGGAGGUGAGCAAGAAGGCCACUCCGACGUCUCAGAAGACGACGCCAAAGGCCAAGGUUGCGAAGGCGCAAGACUCGGCCAAGGAAGCAGCAGGUGGUCGAGUAACAAGGGCCAGAAAGUAGGUCAUCAUCAUCUUUCUAUAGAUAAGAGAGAGAGUCACACACAAACACCCACAAACUGGGCCAAAAAGGGUGAGAAGAGAGUGAGAGAAGUGUGGCCUCAUGUUGGCCACUCAAAUGCUGGUUGGUGUGAAUUUUAGCAUUUUUCUUCAAAAUCCUAUUAUGGUUUUUUAGAAUGCGUGACAUUUUAACACACUGACAAAAGGGGAUUUGGUUGAAUGGUACAAAAGAAAAGCAGCGCAACAUGGAAGAGGAGAGAUAUAAUCAAAGGGAAAGGAAGUUUCUCUUUUGGAAAUCUUUUCGCUUUAAGAUUUUUUUCUUAAAGGAUUUAUGAGUAUUAUCGAUGGUUUUUUUGUAUUCAUGACAUUUAAGAAUACACUUUAGUAAUUCUAGAUGCAAAUAAAUGAUAAUUUAUAGUAACAGAGCAAUUUUUCCUGCACUAAAAUCGCUAUUUGUCCGUUUUCUCGGUGAAUUUGGCAUGCUUGAAAUUUUUAUCUUUAACUUUGAGUUGAUGCACACUCUGAUUUUACGCACUUGUAUUUGAUAAUUUAUCAAACGCUGAUAGAACAUUGAUAGAAGAUGACAAAUAAUCAAGUAAAAAGUCUUGAAGCGAAAAGAUGGUGAAAUUUACCGAUUUGUUUACAACACAAAAGUGUAAUUUCACAUGAUUGGCAUUAUGAUUGCGAGACAGAAACCUGGAGCGACAGGUGCAAUUAUCAAGAGUGGGUUCGAUUUGCAAUAUUGACGAGGUUUUGUGUAGAUGAUGAUCAUAUAAAAUUUGUAUUUCACUACCAAUUUUUAUAUUUAAGGGUAUAUAAUUAUUAAUAUAUUUGUGUAACUCCUUUUGCCUCAGCACGAAAGUGUCUCUAUAGACUUAAAAGUUUAAUUCUUUAGGCAGGAUUUUCUUUAUCCUUUCUUGACACACACACUCACACACAGACACGAAAGAACACACACACGCGAAGUAAUAUUGAUAUGAUAGGAAGUAUGUUAGAUGAAUUUCCUUUUGCCAAGCAUCACACGUGGUUGUUAAGUGAAAGUGAAUCGAGAGGAGGAGGCAGAAAAUGCGUAGAUAUAGUGAAAAAUUAUACUAAAUGUAGGUUUCUGACGUGGGCGUGAGUUAGACAGUAAAUUAA